CCCUCCUCAAACCCCGGCUGGCACCAUGGGAUGUAACAUGUGUGUGGUCCAGAAGCCAGAGGAGCAGUACAAAGUGAUGCUUCAGGUGAAUGGAAAGGAGCAAACCUUGGAAGCACUGCGCUCCUCCAAGGAGCCCCUGGUGAUCCAGGUGCUAAGACGAAGCCCCCGGCUCCGGGGGGACAGCUCCUGCAACGACCUGCAGCUGGUGGACAGUGGGACUCAGACUGACAUCACCUUCGAGCAUGUCAUGGCGCUGGGCAAGCUGCGCCCUCCCACUCCGCCCAUGGUCAUCCUGGAGCCCCCCCCCAUCGGCCAUGAGUAUUAUGACCCAGCGGAGUUCAUGGAGGGCAGCCAGCAGGAGGCAGACCGUGUGGAUGAGCUGGAGUAUGAGGAGGUGGAGCUGUAUAAAGCCAGCCACCAGGACAAACUGGGCUUGAUGGUUUGCUACCGAACAGAUGACGAAGAGGAUCUGGGGAUCUACGUUGGAGAGGUAAAUCCCAACAGCAUCGCAGCCAAAGACGGCCGGAUCCGAGAAGGGGACCGCAUCAUCCAGAUAAAUGGCAUGGAUGUCCAGAAUCGGGAGGAAGCAGUGGCCAUCCUGACCCAGGAGGAGAAUACCAACAUUUCACUGCUUGUGGCCCGGCCUGAGAUGGAGCUGACCAAGCGGUGGAAGGACAGUGACCGUGAGGACUUCCUAGACGACUUCGGCUCCGAGAACGAGGGGGAACUGCCGGUCCAAAAACUUAAAUCCCCCUCCGCUUACCAGCUUGAAAAUGAAGAUGGAAAGGGAACUUCCGGCCCAGGCCCAGGCCUGAACAAUAGCCAAGAACUGGACAGUGGGGUAGGCCGGACAGACGAAAGCACUCGAAACGAAGAGAGCUCUGAACACGAUCUGCUGGGAGACGAGGCCCCGAGCACCACAAACACUCCCGGGAGUCUGCGUAAAUUUGGCCUCCAAGGGGAUGCCCUGCAGAGCCGGGACUUCCACUUCAGCAUGGACUCCCUCCUGGCUGAGGGAGCCGGGCUGGGCGGUGGGGACGUGCCGGGUCUCACGGAUGAGGAGUACGAGCGUUAUCGGGAGCUGCUGGAAAUCAAAUGUCACUUAGAGAAUGGCAACCAGCUGGGACUCUUCUUCCCCAGGGCAGGAGGGGGCAACAGCUCUCUGGACGUCAACCGCAACGAGAGCCUUGGCCACGAGAUGGCCAUGCUCGAGGAGGAGCUGAGGCACCUGGAAUUCAAGUGCAGGAACAUACUACGAGCCCAGAAGAUGCAGCAGCUCCGGGAACGGUGCAUGAAGGCCUGGCUGCUGGAGGAGGAGAGCCUCUAUGACUUCGGGGCCAGCGAGCCGAAGAAGCACGAACUCUCGGACAUCACCGAGCUGCCGGAGAAAUCUGACAAAGACAGCACCAGCGCCUAUAAUACUGGCGAAAGCUGCCGCAGCACUCCGUUACUCAUGGAGCCCCUGCUGGAGAGCCCCUUGAGACGGGUCACCGACACCAUCUUCAAGGCCGCUUGCUUAGGGGCCGAGAAGGCCGCCCCGGGGAACUCGAACCUCAACCAGACCGUCGCCGGCCCCCACAAGGCCGGCCCCCCAGACGGGAGCCCUGCCAAGUUCCGGUCCCUCUCCCGUGAUGGCGAGGUUUGCCAGAGGCAGCAUGCCGAUGACCGACUCCGCCGCAGCCCUAAGGCUGGAGGGACAUUGGAGCAGGUGGGAGCGGAAGGCAGUCCGUACCUCUCCAGGCGCCACCGGGUGCAGGGCCAAGCAAGUGAGCGCUACCACAGUUGCGUGCAGCUGAGUCAGGCCCGGGGCCUGGAGGAACUGAGUCACAACCCGCUGAGCUUGGCCAGCAUGUGCAAGGACUCCCUGGCCAGCCCCAAAGUCGGAGGGGCGGAAGCCCCACGCAUGGAAUGGAAGGUGAAGGUGCGAAGCGACGGAACUCGCUACGUAGCCAAACGACCGGUGCGUGACCGGCUCCUGAAGGCCCGGGCCCUGAAGAUCCGUGAGGAACGGAGCGGCAUGACCACGGAUGAUGAUGCGGUGAGUGAGAUGAAGAUGGGACGGUACUGGAGCAAGGAAGAACGAAAGCAACAUCUGAUCCGGGCCCGAGAGCAGCGGAAACGGCGGGAAUUCAUGAUGCAGAGCCGGCUGGAAUGCUUGAAGGAGCAGCAGAACAGCGAGAGCAAGCACGAGCUCAACAUCAUCGCUCUGAGCCACCGCAAGACCAUGAAGAAGAGGAACAAGAAGAUCCUGGACAACUGGAUUACUAUACAAGAGAUGCUGGCCCAUGGAACCCGCUCAGCUGAUGGAAAGAGGGUCUAUAACCCUCUCCUUUCCGUCACCACCGUGUGAGGCUCCUGCCAGGCCUCUAACUGAGCUACCCAGUGCUCUCCCUCCAUAGCACACCCAGUCCCAUGAAUCUCCUGCUUCACAAGCCCGUUCCCUUGGAGACUAGGGUGUGGGCUGUGAGGUGUGUGUAUGUGUGUGUGUGUGUGUGUAAAACCCAAGUGUGCAUACCCAAGUUCAAUAUUAAGGCAUUGGGCCUGCUGUGUGUGUGUGUGUGUGUGUGUGUGUGUGUGUGUGUAAAGUCCAAUUUAUCUGCACACCUAAGGUCAGCAUUAAGGCACCAGGCCUGCUGUGUGUAUAUGUGUGUGUGUGU